GGUCCCUCCAGUGUGCCUGUAAUGAGAAGGCGCCUGACCCUCGGCCCAGAGGCUCCGGAGGAGGGAGGAACCGGGCCGGCCCCCCACGGCUCCAUGGCCAGGAGGAGGCAGCCAGGCCCGGAGCGGGGCGCCUCCAUGUGAAGCCGGGGCCAAGGUGGGCUGGCUGGCUGGCUGGCUGGCAGGCAGCCGGAGGGGAGGCUUCCCUAAUACAACCGCAACCACCCUCUGGUUGUUAUUAUUUCUUGAAAUACAUACGACCCCGAUCCUCUUUUUCCUCCUUGUGCAGCCCUGCCCCCCCUCCUCUCCUUCCCCCUGGAUUUGGGAAAAAGGGAACGGGCCCUGCCUCCCUUCCGCUCCUGUCUUUCCUCCGCCGCAGCCAUGAAUUCCGCGGAGCAGACCGUUACAUGGCUGAUCACGCUGGGGGUGCUGGAGUCGCCCAAAAAGAGCAUCUCCGACCCGGAGGGCUUCCUGCAGGCCUCGCUGAAGGACGGCGUGGUGCUCUGCAGGCUCCUGGACCGCCUCCUCCCCGGCACCAUCGACAAAACCUUUGAUGCAAAUGAUCUGUAUCAAGGACAGAACUUCAACAAGGUGCUUAGUUCUUUAGUUGCACUAAAUAAAGUCACAGCAGACAUUGGGCUAGGAAGUGAUUCUGUAUGUGCAAGGCCAUCGUCUCAUCGGAUAAAGUCAUUUGAUUCCUUGGGCUCCCAAUCUUUACACAGCAGAACUUCAAAACUUUUUCAGGGCCAGUAUAGAAGUCUGGAUAUGACAGACAACAGCAACCACCAGAUGGUGGUAAGGGCAAAAUUUAACUUUCAGCAGACCAAUGAAGAUGAACUUUCUUUUACAAAAGGAGAUAUUAUCCACGUUACAAGAGUAGAAGAAGGAGGCUGGUGGGAAGGAACUUACAAUGGCAAGACGGGGUGGUUUCCUAGCAAUUAUGUAAGAGAAGUCAAAUCAAACGAAAAACCUGUCUCCCCCAAAUCAGGAUCCCUAAAGAGUCCUCCAAAAGGAUUUGACACAUCUUCUAUUAGCAAAAGCUAUUAUAAUGUGGUGCUACAAAACAUUCUAGAAACAGAAAAUGAAUAUGCUAAAGAGCUACAGACCAUGCUUUCUAACUACCUACGGCCCUUACAAGUUAGUGAAAAGUUAAACUGUACAGAUACUUCCUAUUUAAUGGGAAACCUAGAAGAAAUCAGUUCUUUUCAGCAAAUGCUUGUACAGUCUUUAGAAGAAUGCACCAAGUUGCCUGAAGCUCAGCAGAGAGUUGGUGGUUGCUUUCUAAAUCUGAUGCCACAAACCAAAAGUCUAUACCUUGCGUAUUGUGCCAACCAUCCAUCAGCAGUAACUGUUCUCACAGAACAUAGUGAAGACCUAGGAGAAUUCAUGGAAAUGAAAGGAGCCAACAGUCCUGGGAUUCUUGUAUUGACAACGGGCCUCAGCAAACCAUUUAUGCGCCUGGAUAAAUAUCCUACGUUACUCAAAGAGCUUGAAAGACACAUGGAGGAUUAUCAUCCAGAUCGACCAGACAUUCAAAAAUCCAUGACAGCCUUCAAAAAUCUUUCUGCACAGUGUCAAGAAGUACGGAAAAGGAAGGAACUUGAACUCCAGAUACUAACAGAAGCCAUCCGCUGUUGGGAAGGAGAAGACAUCAAAACAUUGGGAAAUGUUAUUUACAUGUCACAAGUCAUGAUUCAGUGUGCUGGUAGUGAGGAAAAGAAUGAAAGAUACCUUCUCCUCUUUCCUAACAUUUUGCUCAUGUUGUCUGCCAGCCCUAGGAUGAGUGGAUUUAUCUAUCAGGGAAAACUGCCACUAACAGGAAUGACCAUUGUAAAACUAGAAGAUAGUGAUAAUCACAGAAAUGCAUUUGAAAUUUCAGGAAAUAUGAUUGAACGGAUUCUGGUAUCUUGUAAUAAUCAACAAGAUUUGCAUGAAUGGGUGGAACAUCUGCAGAAACAAACCAAAGUGACAGCUAUUGGGACUCCUAUUAUUAAACCUCAUUCUGUGCCAUCUCACACGCUUCCUUCUCAUCCUUUAACACCAUCCAGCAAGCAUGCAGAUAGUAAGCAAAUGCCACUAACUCCCGUGUACCACACUCUUCCGCAUCCUUCACACCACGGGACGCCUCAUACCACUAUAAACUGGGGACCCCUGGAGCCUCCUAAAACUCCCAAGCCAUGGAGUUUGAGCUGUUUACGACCAGCACCUCCAUUGCGGCCUUCAGCAGCACUCUGUUACAAAGAGGAUCUCAGCAAAAGUCCUAAAACCAUGAAAAAACUGCUCCCCAAGCGAAAACCUGAAAGGAAACCGUCAGAAGAAGAAUUUGCACUGAGAAAAAGUACUGCUGCAUUAGAAGAAGAUGCUCAGAUACUAAAAGUAAUAGAAGCUUACUGCACAAGUGCCAAAACCCGCCAAACAUUAAAUUCAACAUGGCAAGGCACUGACCUGAUGCAUAAUCACGUCUUGGCUGAUGAUGACCAAUCAAGUCUAGACUCCUUGGGUCGUCGCAGUAGCCUUUCUCGUUUGGAGCCUUCCGACCUCUCUGAAGACUCUGACUAUGACAGUAUAUGGACAGCCCAUAGUUACAGAAUGGGGUCUACAUCUCGCUCCCGUAAAGAAUCUGCUCCCCAAGUGCUGCUUCCAGAGGAGGAGAAAAUUAUUGUAGAAGAAACAAAAAGUAAUGGUCAGACUGUGAUAGAAGAAAAAAGUCUUGUUGACACAGUAUAUGCAUUAAAGGAUGAAGUACAGGAAUUAAGACAGGAUAACAAAAAGAUGAAGAAAUCACUGGAAGAAGAACAAAGGGCUCGCAAGGAGCUUGAAAAACUUGUCCGGAAAGUUCUGAAAAGUAUGAAUGAUCCUUCUUGGGAUGAAACCAAUUUAUAACAAAUUUACCGUUUCUUUCUGUUGAAAGACCAGUUGUCAAUCAAGCUGGGAAAGCUUCUGACAUUUUGUCAGUGUUUUAUCGAGAGCACUACAAGACGACUUUUAACUGGAUUUAAUUUUUUUUCUUUCCUACAAUGUAUAAUAAUAUUCAGUACAUUCACUGAAAUUGUCUGUACUUAAGUGUAGAUAGCAUGGACCCUAAACUUGACUAGACUAAACUUGUUUGCAUUUAAAUUACCUCAUCUUGCAGCAAGUGCAACAGCUGGCUAUGAAGUCCCUGGUGUUCUUCCCUCCUCUUUGUAAAUAUCUGUAAUUUUGAAUGCAAAUGUGAUUCAUGUAUCAGGACUGAUACAGUGUUAUACUAUCUUCCCGUGGUUGCAGCUAAGCGGCAGAAGUGAUGACUGACGCUCUGUUAAAAUGUAUUGAAAAUUAUGCGCUGUUCCAAGGUUGUUUUGACCUGUUCUACUUGUAUUAGACAUUAGUUUUUUAUUUUUAUGUCCCAGCAUGUUUCCAAGUAUUCAUUGGACUGUUUUAAUAAUUUAAUCCAAUUUAUUUAUGUCUCUUUAAACUUCCGACACCGUUUUAACCGGUAUUCUAAAACAUCAAACUGACAAUGCAGUAAAUUAUCAAUUGACUUUUUGUCUUGGCUUUUUGAUAUUAAAGCUAAUAUCUUGGGAGCCAAGACAAACAGUUACAUUUCAUGGGGAAUGUCUGAAUCCAGAAUAGGUGGGUGAAGGUGGACCUGCUUGCUCUUGUUUUUUAAAUGUUAGUUACUAGUUGAUUCAUGUACUACAUUUUAAAAUGGUUGAGCCUGUACUUUACCCUACAGGUGGCUAGUAUAUUAAUAUAACUCAAACACUGUUGUUAAAAUAAAAGUCCUAAUUAGGGUAUAUGGGUUUUGCAGGGCAGCAAUAGUAUGUGUGAAUUAAAUGUAUUAUUUAUUUUUAUCAUGAUUGAAGCAGAGGUCAGGUUAAUGUGCAUGUAGAGCAUUUGGAAAAUUCAGACCUCAGGCUUGACAUUUCAUCUUGUUAUUUCUGUGCCCUGUCUCCCCAUUGAUAAGAUCAAGUGAAAUAGUAAUCCAUUUGCUUUAAUUCUUUUUAUGCGACAAGUAAAGUAAAGAGAAAUAGUGUUUAUAUGGGGAACAAACACUUUCCAUUUUCCUUUUUCAAUAUGAAUAAGCUUCAGUUACUUUGGAAAACAUCAUCAGUAUCAUGUAAACAAAAUGUGGCACUGUCCUGUUUAUUGAACAUUGAAAAUGCACAGUUUGGGUAAUGUGCAUGAUCAUGUCAAAUAUAUUUUCAGUACUCUGAUCUGAAGGUUGCUCGUGGUUUUUGAAGGCAAAAUAGUUAAACUUUUGAAGCUGGCAAAUCAAUUCAAAUCUUAGCGAUGCUAGUAUCAGUCUUACUGCAGAGUUUUAGGCUGGUUCCUAACAGCAGGAAUUUAGGUUACAAGAAGCAGAACUUUGGUCUAAAAGCAGCAUGCUCUCUUUGAGCUUUACUGCAUAGUAAAACUCACUUGGUGUCCUAAUGCCGUUGUGUGAGUUACGUGUUCUCAUCUGUGAUCUGAAGCAGAAAAACACUCAGCCCAAUGGCACCCAAACAUAAGAUUGUAUUUGUUCCAUUUGAAUAGAGGGGGAUAUCCCAUCUCAGGAUUUAGAAGGGCAGCCCCAUUUUUGUGCUAAAAUGAAAUUUCCCCCCCAAAAGAUAACACAUUUCAGCUGCUUAUAUAUGUGGUAUAACUGAUUCUUGUAUUAAGAAGAUAAAGCAUUCCCCUUUCCCACGUCUGAAGCAAUAAGGCUCAGCUAUUUAUUGUUUCUUGCUGGCAGCAACCAGAAAUGGGCAGCUAUAUUUCCAUUGAAAAUAAAUGGUUAUUGUCACAAUA